GUAGAAAUCUGAUUCGUCGUUUGUUUUCCCUUUACUGUUGACAGGGACUUGGUUCGUAUAACGCCCUCUUAUUCAGAAAAGUGUUCGUUUCCGUAAUGGAGAGUUCGAAAGUGGAAAAGAGGGUCGCAUUAGACGAUUCCGAUGCAAAACCACUUGAACCUAUUCUAGUGAGAGUUGACAAACACGGCACCGCUCCUAAAGAUAUUUACAUUGAUAAAAAUGAGUUUAAAAUUGGUCGUGCACGAGAAAACGACGAAAUUAUUCUAGACACAAUGAUAUCUAGAAAGCAAUGUAUCUUUAGAUGCGAAGGAAACGAAGAAUGGACCAUUAAAGAUGUAAGUUCAUCCGCUACAUUUGUUAAUGGUGUCCAUCUAACUUCUGGGGUGAAUCAGAGAAUAUUUAACGGCGACGUUGUACAAUUCAGUACAAGCGAUCAAUUUAAGUAUGUGUUCACUCUCGUUGCUAAGGAGGAACAGAAAACGAAAAGAGCAAGGUUGGAUGAACAGAUAAUGGAUAAUGUUCUCACAGAACAAAAGACAUUUUCGGAAAAUCAAGAAUGUCAGAAAAGAGUUUUAAAAAACCAGUUAAAAACAAAACAAAAAGAACAAGAUGUAUUGAAAAAGCAACUAGAGCAACUUUUAACGGAACAAAAUGCUACCAAGGAGAGCACGGAAGAUCUGAAAAAACAAAUUAUUUUAUUAGAAGGUAAAAUAGAGAAUGGUAAUAUUCAAGAACAGCAUUUACAAGAGAUAUAUGCCGAAUUGUUAGAAAAAUUGGAAAAUGAAAGAGUAAAAUUUGAAAAACGAUUAAAUAAUGAGAAGCAAAAGUGGCAGGAAGCAUUGAAUGUGAGUAAACAUGAAAAAGAAAUGUUGGAAAUUAAAAUGAAAGAGCAAAUGGAAAAAUGGAGGGAAGAACAACAGGCUGAGUGGAAGAGUGUUAUGGAAAAUAGAGUGAAAACAGAGAAGACUAUACAAGCUCAAUUAUUAAAUGAGAAAACAGUAUUAGAGGAAAAAUUAAAAGAAACUGAAAAAGCUUUAAAAGAACAGGAAGCUAAAGUUGAAACGAUACAGAGUAAUGCGGCGAGUUCUUCCGACAAUCCUACCAAUAAUUGUAUAUUCCUUGAAUUUGUAAAUGAUCCUACAGGAUUUCAAAUUUUAGACACAAUAGAUUUAACAUUGUCCAGUCAGCUUAACAUAGAUAACAAGGAAAAAGAAAGUGUAAUUAAUAAAGUUAACAAUAUAAUGGAUGAACAGUUAACCUGUAGCAUAUGUUCAGAAUUAUUUGUGAAAGCAACAACUUUAAAUUGUAUGCACACAUUCUGCGAACACUGUAUAAAUAAAUGGACCAAAAAAACAAAGGUAUGCCCAAUGUGUAGGGCACCAAUAGGAUCAAAGAUUAGAUCCAUAGUUCUUGAUAAUUUUAUUGAAAGUAUGCUAGAGAAUUUACCCACUGACAUGAAAGAGAAAAGGGAAGAAAUCAUAAAAGAAAGGAAAGCAACAAAACACAGAAAGAAAUUAUGCUAAAGUUUCGCUAUGUGAAGAGACGUAAUUUGGUUUAAUAAUAAUAUUCGUAAGAAAAUUUUAUAUCGAUAUAUUCUAUUCUACUAAGUUUUAUCGACAAAUAAUACCAAAAUUAUAUUAAAAAUAAUAUAUUGUUAAUAUUAGAAAGAUAAGGUGUAAAACAAGACGCGUAAAUAAAUGUAUCUUUAAUUUUGUACCAUAAACUUUUCUAAAAAGCGAUUUUUAUUGCU